AUGUUGAAACGCCGAAAUCUGUUCAAUUGGUUCGGUUCAAACCUCAAUUGUGUUACAUAUGCAAAUUCAAUCCAUUCAGUUGUCUGUGCAAUAUCAGGCGGUGUAGACAGUGCUGUAUCUGCAUAUCUUCUCAAAAAGAAAGGAUUUCAAGUCAAAGGUGUAUUUAUGACUAACUGGGAUUCCUUGGAUGAAAAUACUGACUGUUCUUUAGACAAAGACCGUCAAGAUGCUCAAAUAUUGGAAUUACGUGUUUUUAUUUCUCACAAAGAACUUCCAUAUUGUAUGUUUCCAGUUGGAGAUCUAUUAAAAACCCAGGUGAAACAAAUUGCUCAAGAUAUUGGCCUUUCUCGUAUAUACUCCAGACGUGAAAGUAUGGGAAUGUGUUUUAUUGGUAAAAGGCGGUUCUCAGAGUUUAUUGAUAAUUAUUUGGAACCAAAGCCUGGCGUUUAUAAAGAUCUUGAAACUGAUCAAGUUUUGGAAGAGCAUACAGGUGUACAUCAUUUUACUUUGGGUCAACGAAUUCCUAUUAAACGUUUUAAUGGACCUUAUUAUGUUAGUAAAAUGGAUUGUCACAACCAAAUAAUUUAUGUAGUACGGGACCCAGCCCACCCAAGUUUGUUUAUGCGCAAGUGUUGGUGUGGUCCUGCAGUUUGGAUAAACUCUGAGCCAUUUUCAUCUAUAAACUCAAGGAAUAUUCAAUUCCAAUGGCAAAACAAAUGGCGUCCAGUUAACUGUAUUUUAAAACCUUUCAGUGACAUAUCUUUGGCGUCAGCUUACCUUAGGAAAGACAUGAAACGAUGUCUUUCUAGCUCAGACAAUGCAACACUCGCCAGUGUAAUCGAUGCAUCCAUUGAAGAUAACAGAGAGGUUGGACCAUGUUUAUCAAUUGAAUUAGAAGCGCCAAUGCGUUGUAUUGCACCGGGACAAUGGUGUGCAUUUUAUGAUAAUGACAUAUGUUUAGGUGGAGCAAUGAUAUGCGGUUCAAUAAGUCUUUGGGAAGAAGGGCAAAACACUUCAUAUCAUGAGUGGAAUCAUAGCGACUACGAAUUGACAUAUGGUUAA